CCCAGACGUUGUCCUCACACCUAACCACCAGAGCUCUCAUGUGUACAGAAAAGCAAAACGAACAAGCGCAGGGGAUCGAAACUCCUCGGUCAAUGCCACCCCAUAUUUCCUGCGAACCAGUGGUCCGAACUCGACCGCCAUUUUUGUUCCCUUCGUCCAUUCAAUAAAAACCGCCAUUUUUGAGAGAACACAUCAACAUCCAAAUCGUUAAAACCAGUCAGAAAAAUCUCCAAUCACCCCCCACGCGCCACCCCACAAGCUACCGUGUCAAAUUGCUCAUAGCCUCUGCAUUUGAAACUAUACAAUCACAACUGUUGUCGUUGUAAAUUAGUUGAGGAAGAUGAUGGAACAACCAGACGGCGGAGGAGAGAGGAAAACUGAGGCGGAUCAAAGGAGCUCGGGGAGUUCGGGCCAGGAUCCGAAUCCGAAACCGGAUCCGAAAGUGGAGGUCCGUGGUGAUGGAUCGAAUGGAGAGCAAUUGGCAGAUAUAUAUUCUGAUGAGAGAGAAGAGAGUUAUAAAUCGCCGAAUCGAUCGAAGAAAUCGGUGCGGUGGAGUGAGGAAUUGGUGAUGGAAUCUCCUUCUCAAACACCCAUGCCUCAAGAUGAUCGAUCGAAUCCGUACGUUGCCUAUGCUCCUGCGCCGUCCGAUUCAGCAUCGUCCUCCUUCAACUUCAAGAAUACGAUGUAUAGUGUACGAGAUGUGCUAGGGAGAUGGGGGACGAAGGUGGGAGAAGCGACAAAGAAGGCUGAGGAUCUCGCUGGAAACACUUGGCAGCACUUGAAAACGGGCCCUAGUUUGGCUGAUGCUGCCUUGGGAAGAAUUGCACAGGGAACAAAAGUUCUGGCAGAAGGUGGUUAUGAAAAGAUUUUUCGACAAACAUUUGAGACUGUUCCAGAGGAACAACUUCAAAACUCAUACGCAUGUUACUUGUCCACAUCAGCUGGUCCAGUCAUGGGGAUUUUAUAUGUGUCUACCGCAAAGCUUGCAUUUUGUAGCGACAAUCCUCUUUCAUAUAAAACUGAUAACAAGACUGAAUGGAGCUAUUAUAAGGUAUGCAGAUGAGCUUUUCUGCCUAUAAUGCAGCAGUAUUUAGACAAGAUUCUAUGUUCCAUUGCAAGCCAUGAGAAUGAAGUAUAAUAGUGAUUAGUAGUUAAUGAUAUGGAUAACAGUGUUGUCGCAUCUAUUCCUUAUUGGAAUAUAUUGACUUUUAAUCUUUAAUAUCCUUGUUGAGCCAUUUGAACCGAUUUGAAUGACCAUAUACUAGGCCUUAGCAUAGACCCAUGGCUAACAACUAGAGGCAAAUGACUGGACCUCAAGUCUGUUAAUCUUGUUAUUUAUUGUGUGGACCUUUUAUCUAUUUUUUCUUUG